UGCACCUGUCGGAUCACACUCUCUCUCUCUCUUCCACCAUCAACUCAUCAACCCCCUUAUUUUUUGGCCUUCUUCUUUUAGUUAAAAACAUUUGAUACAAGUAUACUACUCACCCCAUCAAACACUAACAACAACUGCUGCAACAAUAUCACUAAGACCUGCAGCUACAACUGUCCAUCUAUCACCCCUCUUCAUUCUUUUGCUCUUUUCAGUGAUCAUAUUUGGAGAAGAAACCAGCAGAAAAACAAGAAGAAGGUGCAUGGGGUCAAAUUCUUGAGUUCUAUGGUCGUCCUUGUUGUGUAAAUGCCAUGGCUUAUCAGCAUUAUCGAUCACCAUUUGGUGACACAACCUACACAAAAGUAUUUGUUGGGGGGUUAGCUUGGGAGACACCCACCGAUGUAAUGCGAAGAUAUUUUGAACAGUUUGGAGAGAUUCUUGAGGCUGUUAUCAUCACAGAUAAGAACACGGGAAAGUCUAAAGGAUAUGGAUUUGUAACAUUUCGUGAUCCUGAAUCAGCUAGAAGGGCUUGUGCUGAUCCUAAUCCGAUGAUCGAUGGAAGAAGAGCAAAUUGUAAUAUUGCUUCGCUCGGACGGCCUAGACCUUCACCACCUCGAGGAAGAACACAAGGUGGAAAUCCUUAUCAAGGAGGACCAGUAAUGGCGCAGCAGGGUGCUUCAUCAUCCUAUAGUGGAGUUCCAACACCAACGCCAUUGCCUCCCCCACCACCACCUGCUUAUGUUUAUCCACCAUAUGGGUACGCGACUUACCCACCUGAAUACGGCUAUCCCCAAGGAAUUUACAAUCCACAACUUCAGCAACCUCAAUACUACCAUCAACUAUAUGGACCUUCAUCUUCGGGCAUGGGGUCUCCAUAUUUUUACGGAUAUUCCAUGCAAGCAUCAAGGGGAACAUUUCCUGCAAACCCAGCGCAGCGUAUCCAAGGCCCGUCCUAUUUGUACUACCCACCUCAGAUGGAAGGCUCCUUCUCCACUUAUCCCCCUCCUCCUCCUCUUCCUUUAUUACAACCAACUAGGCAUCAUCCCUUUGCCUCUUCGACUGGUUCACCGACUCCACAGCCAACCCCAACAACACCAGCAGAAACAGAAGCUGGGGUGGUCUCUUCAGAAAGUCCAAAUGCCUAAGAAGCUGAUCACCCAAACAUGUUAUAUUGCAUGACCUGCGGGAAAAUUGUUGCUAAUUCUCAAUCUUGACAGACCAUAAUUAAUCCCCAGUGGUUCCUUUUCUCAGCUAUUCAUAAUUCUUUCGAGUCCGAGCCUUUGGCCAUUGCUGUAUUAUUUGCCAGACUCAGACCUCCUCCAAGAAAUCUACAGCAAUGGCAAGCGAAGACAGACUAAAUCAAAUUCAGGGCCAUUUUUUUUCCCCUCCGGAAAGUAAAGAAUUUCUUCAUUCAUUUUUUUUCCUCAUUUUCUUAUGAGACAAUUAAUGUCUUUUUAAUAUUAGUGUACCAAAAAGAGAAGGGAACCCAAUCCUGAAGAAAAACUCAUCCCAAUAUUUGAUCCUGUAACUCCUUGAUAAACUUUCUCUCCUUC